CGUUUUUUCAUUUCCGGUUUUAUGAACACCAACUUCCGGAACGAGAGGUUAAAUGCUGAAAUGUGACGUUUCUGAAGCUGUUUUGACUUCUUUAAUGGACGCUCAACUCAGACACCGCUUACUUUAUAAAAGAAGUACUCCACCAUGGAGAGAAGUCUUCCGCAGGCGCUGCGUGGACAGGCUGAAGAACAGCCGGUCCAGGCUGGUGGACAGGUACCGGCAGCGGAGCACCGCCGGAGCCCUCAGCAUCGUGGAUGAGGUGAUGGAAGAGGAGUGGACGGCCCUGCAGGCUGAGGACCGGAGGCUACUGUCCCUGCGGGGCCCACGGAACAUGCAGGAGCAGGUGGGCGGUGUUGUGCAGGAGUAUGACGAGUUGGCUGUGCUUGAUGAGAUCCAGCAGGAGCUCAUGUCUCAUGAAAUCUCAAUAAUACAAGAAUACGAGAGAAACCUGCAGCUUGAGCAGCAGUACCUGUCGUCUGUGGUCGAGGACAUGGAGCACAUGCACGUUAUUUGCCCCAUAUGCCAUACGAACAACUUGAGCAUCAACAGCUGUUUUGUCUCCUGUCCUUGUGGACUUCACAUCAGCACCAAGCGGAGCGUCACUCCAGAUGUUCUGCAGCAUCUUCUGGAGUCCAGAGUGUCUGAGCAUAGGGAGACGUGUCUGCAGAGCCCGGUUUUCUCCAUAGCACCUGGUGCGGAGCGCUCCCCCGGUCUGUUUAUAAGCUGUAAGGUUUGUGAUUACCUGUCGGUCGUUUUGUAAACAUGGACUCAAGAUGAGGGAUUUGACUCUCGGUGGUUUUGUACUUUAGUGUUUUUGUGCAGAACAAUGUAUAUAAUAAAAAGUUUUUAUAUUAA